CAUGAAACCCGAACAGCUCCCCUCAGGGCACCGCCCACUGCCACCUUCGUCGGAUACCGCGCAUUACGCCCCGGUGAUGAAUCUCUACGCCAACUAUUCCGGCGCUCUGGGUCUGAGCGCCAUGAAGAGCCACAAGCUCUGCGGCCCAACCGAGAGUAACUUCCUCUACUUGGUCGAAUGCCAUUUCGGCUACACGCCUCGCGAUCCACUCAACUUUGGCCGCGGAUACUACCUCCGCAACGGAACGUCGCUCAAGGACCAAUCCUCGCGGCUAUUGGCGAAGAUUUCCGAUCCCACUUCUCGUCUCGCUGUAUGACAACACGAGACUUGCGAAACUCCCACUAGCCGAUAUGGCGAAGAACACCCGUGAGAUGAUAGAAGAGGUGCUGCGGGCGGGGACGAGUAAGAAGCAUGGAGCUCUCUUCGGGUUUAUAAUCGAUGUGGGAGUGGAGAGAAUGGAAAGGGACAGUUUUGAGUGGCGGAAAGUCACACCCGCACCAGGAGAGGCAAAACAGGAAGGCGGCCAUAUAAUCAAGACUCGGUACACUCUGCACCGACUUACCGCCGCAGAUCAAUCAGACAGCGACUCUGACGUUGUCGUUAUACUUGCAUGUAACCAAGUCCUUUCAGUUACGCACUUCUUCAGCUUGGAACUCCAGGGUGCCGGGCUGACGGGCGAGCUUGGGGAUCGCUGAACUCUCAUGGUUGUUACCACCGCUGUCGGUAUCCAUUUCUUGCCUCAGAGCGGAAAGACAGGCAAGGCUACUGUUGGAGCUGCACAGAGGCUGCAUGGUAAUUAUUAUUAUUCCUACACCGCUGUGCCCUAGGGCGUGCCGGACCUUCAACAACUUACUAUACAGGAAAACCGCGCCCGUGGGCCGGGUGAAAAACCCAUAUCGUGCAUGGUAAUUAGCUGGAAAUGAUCUGCUUGAGGCCGCCAAGGUUGGAGGGGACGGUGGGGGAGUUCAGGGAGUUUUGCGAGGAGAUGACCAUGAAUUAGUACUAGUACUAUUAGUUAUUAGCUGACAUAAGGGUACACAAAUACUGACAGCUGAACUUGGAGACAAUAAUUUGCUCUUCGUAGAUCCCAGAUCACAAAAUGGUGGCAGCCUUU